AGAGGACUCGAUGCAUUCAAUUCAUUCCUUGUUGGUAUCGUAUAUUCUAGAUAUGGAGUGUUUGGAACGAGAGAAAAUGAGAGUUAGAGAGAGAAGUAAGCCAGCCAUGUGGCAUGACUGCAGAAAGGUAUUGUUGAUAAAAUAUUGAAAUGGACCUCCUACAAAAGUACAAAUACAAUGACCCAUAAAUAUAACUACUACCAUUUUAACCCAACACAUGUUCCAUGAUACACUAUGGAAGGCCCUACCACUCAGCCUACUCGACGGGGACAAAUAUUGCAAUUUAUUGAAACCAAAAUGGGAAUGUCGUUGGUGUGACCGUCCGACUUGGUGUGCAUCUCACAAAAAUGGUAGCUAACAACUAUCACGUGGACAAGCACCCACUCCAUUUCCCACCUAAUACUCUCUUUAUACUUUCCAUUACUACCUACUAAACUGCGAUUUGUGGAAGAGCAAUUUCAAUUUGUGUGUCUGUGAGAGAGAGCGAGAGAGGGGGCAGAGAGAGAGGGGAUGGGGAAGAGCAUAUCAGAAAUGGGUGUGGAUGAUUUUGUGAAAUCAGGCAUGUCAAUAGAAGAAGGCAAAGUAUUCGAUGAAAUGCUUAAAGGAGCAGUUUCAGCAGUCAAUAGCUCGGAACCAAGAGAGUUAUGGCGCGAGAUAGUGGCUCGAAGACUGCUCAAGCCAUGGCACCCACAUGAGUUGCAUCAACUGGUCUACUACUCUGUGUACGCUCAUUGGGAUGAAUCCACCAAUGGCCCUCCGCUCUAUUGGUUCCCUUCUCUAUAUCAAUCAAGGCAAACAAACUUGGGUCGUGCAAUGGAAAUUCAUGGUCCAAAGUUUUUGGGAUCUUCAUACGAGGACCCCAUAACUAGUUAUAAUCUAUUUCAGAAGUUCUCCGUUCAACAUCCUGAGGCUUAUUGGCCAAUUGUUCUAAAAGAACUUUCAGUUGUAUUCCAUGAAGCCCCUAAGUGCCUUCUAGAUACCACCGACAAAUCAAAACGUGGAGGAACUUGGCUUCCUGGUUCUGUCUUCAAUAUUGCUGAAUGCUGUUUGCUAUCCACGAGUCAUCCUAGAAAAGAGGAUGAUAGCUUGGCUAUUGUAUGGAGAGAAGAAGGCGGUGAUAGUUCUAGUGUUAAUCAUAUGACAUUGAAGGAACUUCGAGAACAAGUAAUGUUGGUGGCUCAUGCACUGGAUGCUACAUUUUCAAAGGGUGAUGCAAUUGCAAUUGACAUGCCAAUGACUGUCAAUUCAGUUAUCAUCUAUCUCGCAAUUGUACUAGCAGGAUAUGCUGUUGUAUCAAUAGCGGAUAGCUUUGCACCAAAGGAAAUUGCUACCCGCCUGCGUGUGUCGAAUGCAAAAGGAAUCUUUACUCAGGAUUUCAUAGUCAGAGGAGGUCGUAAAGUUCCUUUGUACAGUCGAGUUGUAGAAGCUGCUCCAUUAAAAGCCAUCGUGCUCCCUGGUACAGCGAAUGAAAGAGAUGUUCCAUUGAGAGAACAAGAUCUUUCUUGGAAAUGUUUUCUAUCCAGAGUAAAUUGGAAUGCAAGACCAAUUUACUAUCCUCCGAUUUCUCAACCGGCAGACUCCGUAACUAAUAUACUAUUUUCAUCUGGAACCACAGGUGAACCAAAAGCUAUUUUGUGGACACAACUUUCACCGAUUCGAGCUGCCAGUGAGGCAUGGUCUAACGUUAAUAUUCAAGUUGGAGAUGUUUAUUGCUGGCCCACAAAUUUAGGGUGGGUCAUGGGGCCAAUUCUACUUUAUUCAUGUUUUCUAACAGGGGCAACUCUUGCUCUCUAUCAUGGAUCCCCUCUUGGACGCGAUUUUGGAAAGUUUGUACAGGAUGCUGGAGUCACUGUUUUGGGUACAGUUCCAAGUUUAGUAAAAGCUUGGAAGAAUACAAACUGUAUGGAAGGCUUAGAUUGGACGAAAAUAAAAUCCUUUGCUUCCACUGGGGAAGCCUCCAAUGUCGAUGAUGACCUUUGGCUUUCUUCGAAAGCAUAUUACAAACCCAUUAUUGAAUGUUGUGGUGGCACAGAGCUUGCAUCUUCAUACAUCCAAGGAAGUCUACUGCAGCCACAAGCUUUUGGAGCAUUUAGUACUGCAACAAUGACAACAGGCUUUGUCAUUCUUGAUGAAAAUGGAGUUCCUUAUCCAGAAGAUCAACGUUGUGUUGGUGAAGUGGGUUUAUUUCCUAUAUACUUGGGAGCAUCUGAUAGAAUUCUUAAUGCUGAUCAUGAGAAGGUUUACUUCAAGGGAAUGCCGAUGUACAAAGGAAUGAUCCUCAGGAGGCAUGGAGACAUCAUUAAGAGAACUGUUGGAGGCUAUUUCAUUGUACAGGGGAGGGCUGAUGACACAAUGAAUCUCGGUGGCAUAAAGACGAGUUCUGUUGAAAUUGAGCGCGUGUGUGACCGGGGUGAUGAAGGCGUCUUGGAGACUGCUGCUGUCAGUGUUGCACCACCUGGUGGCGGUCCCGAAUUGUUGGUAAUAUUCGUGGUAUUAAAGAAAGGAUUUAAUGGUGAACCUGACAAAUUGAAGAUGAAGUUUUCGAAAGCCAUCCAAAGCAACCUCAAUCCGUUGUUUAAGGUGAGCUUUGUCAAGAUAGUCCCAGAAUUUCCUCGAACUGCUUCAAACAAGUUGCUCAGGAGAGAAUUGAGGGACCAAGUGAAGCAAGAGUUAUCUGUUCGCAGUAGAAUUUAAAGGAAACAUCAUCAAGCCUUGUGCAUCAGUUCUCGGAAUUUGUUUAUCCUUGUAAGAUUUCCUUUCUCGAUGAAUGGUUAAGAAAACAUUGUGAAUCAAUAAGAAGGGAACAAAAGCGGAACAUUUAAUUUUUUUUUC